UUGUCGCUUUACUUCACAAUAAACCGACAUUCACAACAAUGGCUGAAGUUCCCACCUUCAAGCUCGUCCUCGUCGGCGACGGCGGUACCGGCAAGACCACUUUCGUCAAGCGUCACUUGACUGGAGAGUUCGAGAAGAAGUACAUCGCCACUCUCGGUGUCGAAGUUCACCCUCUUGGUUUCACCACCAACCUCGGCCAGAUCCAGUUCGAUGUUUGGGACACCGCAGGUCAGGAGAAGUUCGGUGGUCUCCGUGACGGUUACUACAUCAACGGACAGUGCGGUAUCAUCAUGUUCGAUGUCACCUCGCGCAUCACCUACAAGAACGUCCCCAACUGGCACCGUGACCUUGUCCGUGUCUGCGAGAACAUUCCCAUCGUUCUCACCGGUAACAAGGUUGAUGUCAAGGAGCGCAAGGUCAAGGCCAAGACCAUCACCUUCCACCGCAAGAAGAACCUCCAGUACUACGACAUCUCGGCCAAGUCCAACUACAACUUCGAGAAGCCCUUCCUGUGGCUCGCAAGAAAGCUUGUCGGCAACCAGAGUCUCGACUUUGUCGCCGCUCCCGCCCUUGCUCCCCCAGAGGUCCAGGUCGACGAGGCCGUUCUCAAGCAAUACCAGCUCGAGAUGGAGAACGCCGCCCAGAUGCCCCUCCCCGAUGAGGAUGAUGCCGACCUCUAAGCGAUUUCGCCAUCAAGCAAACGGGAUUCGCCUUUAUCAAUAAUCGAAUUACCAGAUCGUUUUCAAAUACCCAGCGGCGCGCCCUCUCGUCAUCAGAAAUGAACUCGCGGAGGAAAUGUAUUCGCGGCGGAUUAUAGGGGCAAGCCGCCAUCUGCGCGCGUCCAUGGCUGACAUUGACUUAAUGACUCUUUGGGAGAAGGAACAUGGUUUUUUUGCUUUCUUCCAUCAAUGAAAAAACAGACACACCACACAAAUCACACACACACCAUACCCGUACUGGCGGAUGAUACGAAAGUAGACCCUGGCAUUUCUCUGGAAUCUGCAGCGAUUGUGUUUAUUUCUCUUGUACCGUCCGUUCUUCUUUACACCAGCAGCCUCACUGCCAAAAGAUUCAUACUCCGCCAAAGCCCCAAGUCAAAAGUUACACAC